AUGAAGUUCUCGUCGGCUCUUUUCUGUGUUUUCGCGACCCUUUCUGUGGCUUUCCCUUCUGACUACCUCAAGGUUGCAUCUUGGGGCGUUGAAGGCUAUGCUAAGGAUAACCCCAUUGGAAUCACCACUGGUGGCAAGGGCGGAAAGACCGUCGUUGUGUCGACAGAGGCGGAGCUCGUUGCUGCUGUCAACGGCACCAAGCCCAAGAUUGUGAAGCUAAAGGGCAAGGUUACUCUCUCUGCCCGUCUUAAAGUUGGCUCCAACACCUCUCUCAUUGGUGUUGGACUGUCAGCGCACAUUACUGGUAAGGGUGUUGAUGUCUUCAAUGGCGACAAUGUCAUUCUGCAGAAUCUGAAGAUCACCAAAAUUCUGGACAACGACUGCAUUACCAUUCGAAACAGCACUCGCGUCUGGGUCGAUCACAACGAAUUCUCCUCCGACAUCAACCAGGGCCCCGACCACUAUGAUGGACAAGUCGAUAUUAUUCGCGCCUCCGACUGGGUGACCGUUUCUUGGAACUACUUCCACGAUCACUGGAAGUCCUCUCUCGUGGGCAACGACGCUACAUUCCGCGAUCUCGACUACGGACAUCUUCACGUUACGUACCACCACAACUAUUGGAGAAACAUGGGUACUCGUGGCCCUGCUGGCCGAUUCGGCCACCAGCAUAUCUACAACAACCUUUACGAAGACUUCCUGUACCAAGCCAUUCACAGCCGAUCCGAUAACCAGGUUCUUGUCGAGGGCAAUGUCUUCCGCGGUAACACCAGUGAAGCCCUGAGCACCCACGGCCUCGUCAUCCCCAUGGACUCUCCCAACACCUGCGUUUGCGGUGACGAGGAACUUGAUGGUUUCGCAAACCUCGGAGCAAAGAACGACUGGGGCAAGGCUGGAGUCAAUAUUACACAAAAGGGAGACUUCUACAAGGCUGAUUACAAGUUCAAGUUGACUCCUCUCAAGCUUGUUCCAGCUGUGGCCAAGCUUGGUGCUGGUGUUGGUAGAAUCUGGUAG